AAUACUAGUUGAGGCAGAGGAAGCGGCAGCGCAGCAACGUUACUGUAUACUUAAACAUUCACAUUACUGUUGAUAUUCAACAAUAUAAGGUUACUCGGAGAGGAAUUGGCUGGAACCCGCCGGACACUUAUUUUACCGAUAAGGCCUGUUAGUGGUGCGGGGCUGGCAGGUUUGGCUUUGUCUUCCAGUUGUAAGCUUUGACCUAGAAGAGGCAGAGGCUCCAUCUGCUGUUGCUGUAUGUGCAACAUGAGCCCCUCUCCUGGGCACAGCCAGAGUGGUUUACAGUGACGAGACAAGAAGAUGGAUGAGCUGCAGGAUGUACAGCUGACUGAGAUCAAACCACUUCUGACAAAUAAGAAUGCACGCAACUUUCAGGAUUUCGACUGUCAGGAGCAUGACAUUGAGACUCCCCAUGGCGUUCUGCAUGUCACAAUGAGAGGUGUUCCCAAGGGCAACAGACCUGUCAUCCUCACCUAUCACGACAUUGGCCUCAACCACAAGUCGUGCUUCAACACCCUGUUCAACUAUGAGGACAUGCAGGAGAUCACGCAGCACUUUGCAGUGGUUCACGUGGACGCGCCCGGUCAGCAGGAGGGUGCACCUCCAUUCCCCAGCGGUUAUCGCUACCCGACCAUGGACGAGUUGGCGGAAAUGCUGCCUUCUGUAAUGACUCAGCUCAAGGUCAACAGUGUGAUCGGCAUUGGUGUGGGAGCAGGAGCGUACAUCCUCACCCGCUUUGCACUGAACCACCCCAACCUAGUGGAGGGGCUGGUUCUGAUUGAUGUCGACCCGUGUGCUGAAGGCUGGAUCGACUGGGCAGCUUCAAAGCUGUCUGGAUGGACCAGUAAUUUGGUGGAUAUCAUCAUGUCUCACCACUUCAGCGCUGAUGAACUGGCAGAGAACCAGGAGCUGAUCCAGACCUACCGUCUCCACAUUGCCCAAGACAUCAACCAGGACAACUUGGCCCUCUUCUGUGGCUCCUACCAAUACCGUCGGGACCUGGAGAUCGAGAGGCCAAUUGUAGGCCUAAAUGAGGACACGGUCAACACACUAACGUGCCCUGCGCUGCUCGUGGUUGGUGACACAUCACCUGCAGUGGAGGCUGUGGUGGAGUGCAAUUCCAGGUUAAAUCCUACCAAGACCACACUGUUAAAGAUGGCUGAUUGUGGAGGCUUGCCCCAGGUUGUGCAGCCAGGGAAACUUGCUGAGGCCUUCAAGUACUUUGUUCAGGGAAUGGGCUACAUGCCGUCAGCAGGAAUGACUCGUCUGGCUCGCUCACGCACCGCCUCCUCUUCCAGCAUCACCUCCAUGGACAGCAGUCGCAGCCGCAACAACCUCAACAGCCUGCUGGAGGGCAGUGCUACUGGGGCCCUGGACAACCAUGCUGGACCCCAGACCAUGGAGGUCUCCUGCUAAACUCCGCCCCCAUCCCCUGCACACUCUCAUAGUAAUUUAUGUGCCCUCUCUUUCUCUCUGUCCCUCUAUCUAUCUUAUCUAUCUAUCUAUCUCUCUCAUCCUGCUCCUAAACAACUCACCGCGAGGAGGAUCUGUAAUGAACUAUGUGAUUAGAAAAGAGGAUGUAAUAAAUAUAUUAACAGAUGCAUAUUAUUGAGUAUUGAAUACACGUCACAUUCCUACCAGAAACCAUAACUACAUUCAGAUGUGUUGUACAUUCAAAUGGUCAAGCUAUAAGAUUGACUCUGUCUGUCCAACCUCACCCCUAUGUAUUUAUUUUUUUCACAUUGUCUUUGUUUGUUUAAAUGUCUUCACACACACACACUGUAGAAAUCCAUGAGUUCAAAAUAACUUUUCAUUGCACGGUACAACACUUUUACUAUUUCUCUUCUGUUGUGAACUCGUGUGGGCUGCAUUGAUUGUGAGUCACAGUAUCUUUGUGUUUUAAUCACAAACUUGCUGCACUGUGAUGCUGAAUUAGUCACAAAGUAUACAGAGGGAUCACUAAAACUGCUGUAGCUACAGAAAUGUGAUGUGCAUGAUACAUGGAAGAACCAUUGCAGACUGUAGCACACAAAGUAAAAAUACACUGAAGCUGUUGUUGUUGAGAGCUGCUUUUGAACAUUAUGAAAUAACAUUCAGUGUUAAGUAAAAGUCCUGUACCAUGUUUAACUCUGUCACAUGCAUUCAUUUAAUGUUUUGUUUUUUGUAAUUGGACUCUGUAAUUUUCCUUUUCUUUCUGCUUUGUGUUAUUUUUGUUCAGUUAAAUAGUUUAUUCAGAUGUUUUAACAACCUUUAACAACUUCUGAUGUGAAAAGUGAGAGUCCUUUAACUGAGGGGCCCAGUGGUGCUUCUCACUGUCUGCUGAUUCAACUCAUUUAUAUUAGUACUGAAUAAAGCUACAACAUGA